GUUCACAUUAGGUCACAAAUAUAAAGCUAACCACUCUGACUUUGCAAAAUUACCUAUGAAGCUGGAUGAUUUGUUCGGACGUGCUGGAGGUUCAAUAACUGAAUUUAGGGGUAAAAACAAAAACUGUAACGUGUUUUCGAGGAAAACAAUGAACCGUUGGGAAGUUACGGAAGAAAACAAGUCCAGGUGUUCAGAAGAAAUAGAAUAUGAGGGAACUGUUGAACGUCAAGAAUUUACGGCGGUAGAAACCAUUCAUCAAGGAUUCCAGUCUUUAGUUCAGUUGGCCCUUAGUAAUAUUGACCAAAAGUUAUACAUUAUAAAAUGGGUACCAAUACCACCUAGUUACACAGAAUUAGAGACUUCAGAGAGAACGAAUCAACUUAGACGAUAUCCUUUUACACCAUCUAGAGAAACUGAAAUACUCCAGAAAAUUGAGCAUAAGAAUAUUGUUAAAUUUAUAAAGCUGAUUCAAAACUCAAAUAUCAAUGCUAAUGGAAUAGUUUUAGAAUACCUGAAAAUGGGUGCACUCAAUGAUAUUCCUAACGAAAAAGUAUUGUCAGAUACAGAAAUUAGUGAAUACUUCAAAGAUAUACUAAAUGGAGUGCAGUACUUACAUUCAGUAAAGAUCAUACACAGAGAUUUGAAUCCAAGUAAUAUGCUGAUAACUGAGGACAAUCACUUAAAAAUAACAGAUUUCAGCAUUAGUGUAGAAUUCACAGGAGAAGAUGCAUUACUUCGUGGAACUAUUGGUACUCCUGAAUAUCUUGCUCCAGAAUGUGUGAACGCUUCAGGAGAUGUUUAUACAGGAAAGCCGGUAGAUGUAUGGGCAAUGGGAAUGACUUUAUACUGGAUGAUAUAUAGAAGGCCAUUCUACAAUGGGGCAGAUAAAUAUGAAGUUUAUGAAGCCAUUAGCACACAGCCUGUUAUUAUUGAUGACAAAGUUAGUGACCAGUAUAUUCGUCGAAUUUUUGAAGGGAUUUUCAAAAUAAAUCCGAAAGAGAGAAAUGAUAUUUCUCGACUGCAGAUUCUCAUAGAAAAUGUAUGAAUAACUAUUAUCGCAAGACAAAUCGUCAAUUUCAAAAUGAAUAUAUAUAUAUAUAUAUAUAUA